AUAUCACACGCACAGAUUUCAUUUGCCGUUCGAGGCAGAACGAAGUCUAGUUCAAGAGUGCGGAGAAGUUUUGGUGUUUCAGCCUGUCGGCGUUAAUUUCGACCAUUUUCGUGGAUAGUUUUCGAUUGGUGAAACUACUGUGUAGUGUGCAGGUGUGCUUGCCAUUGUACCGCAUUCCAGAUUGGUCCGGGGAAAAUCCGAUUUCUCGGGGGCAAAGAAUCUGGUUGGUGAUUCGAGCUUUUCGCUUGGCUGAACUUGAAUCGUUCUCAAACAGUGAAGCGUGAACAUGACGAACCAGAGCGACGGUGAAGCGCUCCGUGCCGAGCAUCGAGCGAUUUGUGAGAGGCUCAACAUCGAUGGCCCCACAGAGGAACGGUCCUGGAACUCGUUCCGCGAUAUCCGGAAGUCGUACAACCUGGAUGGCGAACAACUACACUGGCUGUGUUGUUCACUGUAUGUCACCUGUAGACAGACCGUGACGCCCACCGUAGGCAACACCAACUCCGUGUUGCGAGGUAACUGCGUCUCGUUGACCCGACUCCUUCGACUGUGUAACAUCAACUUACACGAGUUUUUCAACAAAAUUACACACUGGAUCGAGAUGGCUUCCCUGCCGGAAGAGCACCGGAGCUCGAUUGGACAUCUACAGCACAGCUUCGCAGUAUCCAUGUCGAUCUACAACAAAUACUGUGAGGUGUUCACCGGUGUGUUUCUUCCCCCAAACGCGGAUGAACAGAAGCGCAGCAAGAAAUCAAAACCCCUACCCUGCAGUCCGAAUCGGCUGCACGAGUUCUGCUGGACGUUGUUCAUAUGUGCCAAGGCGGAAUAUCCAGAGCAGAGCAUCGAUCUUGUGACAUCGUACAAUAUGUUGUUGUGUUGUUUGGAUCUUGUCUAUGCUAAUGCGAUAGCAGCCGGUCGAAAGGAUAUCGUGAACCCCGACUUCGAAGGGUUGCCCAAAGGGUUCGCAAUAUCAGGGGAGGCGCCAGAGCAGCCGGUCUGCAUCAUUGAAGCCAUGUGUGAAGAAGGCUGCAGCUCGGAUGUAGUAAACACAAAAAAUACCAGCUGGAAGGAUGUGAUUGAGAAGCUGUUUCACACGAAAGUCCUCAAGGGUGAUGUCAACAGUUUCAUGGAACUUAUUUCGGUGACAAACUUUGACGAUAAUCUGAAAGCCCUGAAUGGCUUGUACGACACGUUCAUCCUCAGUUGUGGAGAAUUUGACGAGAGAAUUGCUCUCGGACAGAAGCUCGUGGAGAAUGCGUUGGCUUCGCGAAUCAAAUCGGAACAACCUGCAUCGACCGGGACUCCGGAACGUAUGCCGCUGUGUCGACAAACGCCGCUGAGCGGUCGCAACCGGAUCAGCAGCAAUGAGUGCAAUAAGUUCACCCCAAUUUCUACCGCAAAUGCCUCGGUCAACAAGCUACGCAUGAAGCUUAUGGGAUAUGACAAAGAACCUCUGAGGGAACUGUUCAAAUCUUGUGUCCAGGAUCCGAAGCCUAUCGUGAUGGGUCGGGUUGCAGCGGAAAGAGAAAAGUUCCUCAAUCGAAUGCGGGGCCAGAACUGGAAUCAAAAAUCCACAGCGGCUAAAUUCGAUAUGAUCGAAGCGCUGUAUUACAAGCUACUGGAGAAUAUCAUCCGCGCGGAGAUGAGACGUCGUCCCAAUAAUAUUGUACGGGAGUUAUGCUGUGAGGACAUGUUCAACAAAACGCUUCUAGUGUGCAGUGCGGAGAUCGUCAUCUACGCGCACAAUCUGCAGCAAAAUUUCCCGUGGAUUUUGAAUGCCUUCGACAUGCCCCCAUUCAUCUUCUACCGGAUAAUUGAGAUGGUGAUUCUGAAUCACAACGAUUUGCUGUCCCGUGAUUUGAUCAAGCACCUGACCAUCAUCGAGGAGCAAUGCUUAGAGACACUAUGUUGGAUCAGUUCAUCCCCGCUGUGGGUGACGAUGGAUAACAUAAGCUACAAAGUACCAACCAGUCAGGAUGUGGAAUCCUCCACGGAUUUGUCAGGAAUAACGCCCCACAAGCCAGGAGACAGUGUCUCCAAAUCAAAUGACCAUGUGAGAUUAGAUAAUCUGAUGCUCUCACAAUCGUUAGACUCGACACCUUCGACUUCAACGGUAACGAAUGCCGCUGGUUCAACUGGAAGGAAAAUUCCAAAUCCCGAAUCCGCAAAGAAACGUUUGUUCAAAAUGGACGACGAUGAACCGAAGCCAACCACUUCCGGAGUGGCACCGGAUGAUCGCACCGGCAAUAGUACAGAUAGCGAAAGUUCUAAGGAAAAGAAGGAACAACCGAAAGAAAGUAUUGGACCCCGCUCAAACCUUAACCAACCAUUCCUCGCUACGCUCGGAUUCAACUCACCACUGAAACUUCCUGUUCCAAAUGGUUCUCUCUCAAAACGUCGUCCUGGAGCUGGUUCUCUAGGGCUUUUCUUCAGGAAGUUUUAUACGCUGGCCGCAGUCCGCAUGAAACAUCUAUGCGUAAACCUAAAUCUAACGACGAUGGAAAUCCAGAAGCAAAUUUGGACGAUCUUCGAGUACUCGAUCGUACACUGCACGAAGGAUUUGAUGCGCGACCGUCACCUGGAUCAGAUGCUGAUGUGUGCAAUUUAUGUGUUUGUGAAGAUUAAGAAACUGAACAAAACCUUCACCGAUAUUAUGAAGUAUUACCGCAGUCAACCGCAAGCAAACAGCCACGUGUAUCGGAGUGUCUUCAUCACGCGUCUGACCCCCGAGCAGGUUGAACAACAGCGACAGCAACAGAACGGUAUCAACGGCAAUCCGAAAGAGGAAAGCCAUCGCAUACCACCGACUGAUCUGGCGGGAGUAUCGGUGCAGCACGGUGUCGAGGAGCGAGGUGACAUUAUUCUGUUCUACAACACAGUUUACGUGAAACUGAUGCAAGAUUUUGCGAUCCAGUUCGGCAAUGUUGAUGAGCGAUCCUUGAUUCUGUCUCCACCGCCGAAAACGCCCAACCGAAGCGUACUGCUGUCACCGAAGCAGGUUGACGGACGAAUUUCCCUCUAUGUGACGCCCAUGGACAGGAAAUCUGACCUGAAAGAAUCUCCCAACUCGAUCACAUUCAUGUUUGAUCGUAGUCCAGCUAAGGACCUGGAGGAGAUCAACCGUAUUGUGAAGAACACGAACAUCAGCAGUUGCAAGCGCAGCCUCAGUGAUCCCGACUCGUACGACCACCCCGGGUCGAUAAAAGCGAUGCGCAAGUGCAAGAAAUGGGACCGACUUAUAUCGGAUCGCCAGCAACAGGAGAGCAAAUGAACACAGCUCCCACUCACGAGAAUUUCGUGUGGCGCACACUUCAAUUAUGAGUUUUAUUUUAUUUUAAUGCGUAAUGAGAGUGAUGAAGUUUAUUCUUUUUUUUAAUCGAUGCCUGAGAUGCACUGGGACACAUGAAAUUAAGUUAUGUGUGCACAUUUCAAAAACUUUCAACGGUCGAAGCGAUUUGACUUUAUUCCUUAAUGGUACAAUUUUAAUUCUAUAACACUAACCAGUGUUGAAGUAAAUCUAACAAUAAAACACAUUUUAUUGAAUUCGUAAA